ACGAGAAGAAGAAGCUCAAGCCUGGUUUCUGAGAUGUGAAGAUGAAGUUUGAGCCUUGUUCCAGAAUCUGAGAUGCAGUAGAUGGUGCUGAAGCAACACUGAGGCUCCUGAAAUAUCCACAGCCCAUUGUGUGUAUAGGAAGUGCCUGCUGGCUCUCCCCAACGCUGACGGUCCUGUGUCUUCAAGAGGUCUUGAGUACAAACUGAAGCUCUGAAAAUGGGCAGAAUUUUUCUGGAUCAUAUUGGUGGCACUCGCCUGUUCUCCUGUGCAAACUGUGACACCAUCCUGACCAACCGCUCGGAGCUCAUCUCCACUCGCUUCACGGGGGCCACGGGGAGAGCCUUUCUUUUUAACAAGGUGGUAAACCUGCAGUACAGCGAGGUUCAGGACCGGGUCAUGCUCACUGGCCGCCACAUGGUUCGAGACGUGAGCUGCAAGAACUGCAACAGCAAACUGGGCUGGAUCUAUGAGUUUGCCACCGAAGACAGCCAGCGCUACAAGGAGGGCCGCGUCAUCCUGGAGAGGGCGCUGGUGCGGGAGAGCGAGGGCUUCGAGGAGCACGUCCCGUCCGACAACUCCUGAAGAGGCUCAGCUCCCUCUUCAGGCUCUCUUCAACUGAAACUCAAAAAUAAUAAUAAAAUCAACAAAAAAUUCUGCUUACAUACACUGUCACCUUAGCAUCAGAGUCGGCUUCAUGGACUACAGAGCGGGGAAGAUUGUGAGGAUGUGUCAGAUGGAACCUUCCUCUCUUGGCUCUUUUUUUACGUUGUACCUCUUUUCCCCCCCUCCAGCAGCUGUUUGUAGAAAGGAUGUUGUGCAGAUGCUGUCACUCUUUCUCUCUUGCAUUUACAUCUGUUAGGUUUGAGGUUGUAUCCACAGAUGCAGUGGGCUAAAAAGGAAAAUACUAGGGGAGGGAGGGGGAAGCUGUCCUUUUGUUAGAGAGACAUUCAGUGAGUUGUUUUAGUUUGCACAGAACUGAUGGCAGCCUAAGUUAUUUUAAAUCUACAGACUUCUUGGUUUUUCCUUUUUUAAAAGAAUAUAUUCCCAUUUUUGGCUGAAGUUUUUAGUUAGGUUUUGGGGUUUUGUUUCUGGGUUUCUUUUUCUUCCCUCUUCCCCAGUCUUUUCACCUGAUUUGCUGGCUAAAAGUCAAGAGAUCCGAAUUUGUGCCGAGUGCUAAAGGUUCAGUGUUGGUACAGCUUGGGCUGGCCCUCGUGCCAUAUUCUUGUUGAGGUUGAUUGGUAGCACAGAGCCCAUCUAUUUCUUGUCAUUCUUGACCCAAAGAUGUCACCCACUCCUUGUUUCUUUGUGAAGUUCCCAUUCACCAUGUAAACUGGUGUUGAUUGGAAAACUGUUCUUGAAAUAGGGCAAGACUGCUUGGCUUUUUUCUUUUGACUGUAACUGAUGUAACUUAUAAGCAUAGUAAUAGUAUGAAAAAACAAAACCUAAUAGCUGUCUGGUUAGUCUUGAGUUGCUUACAGGUCAGGCUGUGUUUGUAACCAUAGGGAAUCCACUGAGAAGCUACCGUUCCAGUAGUCAUUCCCUCCCCCUGCCCCCAGUUUCUCUACUAAUCUCAUUAAACAGACAGGGAGUUGGAAAUCUUAAUUCUUCCAAUAGCUUUCUUUUAAACCCAGCAACUUCCUAUGUUAAACACAGCUGCUGUGUAAAAGGAGAGGAUUGCCAACAUGUUUGCUCAUGCCUGGAGUUAUGCAACCUGCAUCUCUUGAAAAGAUUUGACUUCAACAGCUUGUUUUCAAAUGCUGCUUCUGGUGUUGGAACCUUGACCUUUCGACUUUGUUGAACCUUCCAUUGUGAUGUUACUUUUUUUUUACCUUUCUGGGCAGCAGUACAUGUCAGCCUAGUAGUAACUAGUGACUUGGAUUCCUGCUUUCUUUGUGUAGAGCUCAGCUCUGUUCCAAACAGUGAUCUUGCUUGCCUUUCUUUUCUGCAAAAAUGCUCUGCAUUAACUUAACUCAAGGGUGCCCAAACACUUUGAUUGUGUCUUAAGCCAUAAGUUAAGAUCUCAAGGGCUGAAAUGUAUUUGAAUGUUAGAUAUGUGUGAUUCCUUAGCAAAGACAAAAGGUUGGUUGGCUUUUUAGUAUUGGAUCAAUUGUGGUUGACAUGAAAUAAGUUACCCACAGAUGUAAAAGGUGGGGGGAAGGGGAGGGGAAAACCCCAGCUACCCAAUCAAACAGAUCUGGGCUCUGAACUUUCAGAAGAAACUCUUUUAUUUUCACUACCUACAGCUCCAUAUCUGAAAACAAAAUGUAGAGGGUGACUAUGUGUGGAGUAUUUUCCUUCAUUUGUUUUCUCUUAUGCUGCCAAGUGGCAAUUUGGACACCCCUGACUUGAAUUUACUGCCUCUCUCUUGUAAAAGUAGCUUUUCACAUAGAAAGAGAACGGAGUAGAUCACAUAACCAGAGCUGUGCUUGAAUCAAGCUGCUUAAACAAUAGUGUACUUGUGCCUCAAAUGAAUCAGUUUUUGCACUGAGUACAGCAGUACCCCCUUAUCUUGUACUUCUGUCCUUCACAGACUCGAAAUGGCCCCCUUAGCAUGGUUCUCUGCAGUACUUUUCUGUACUUCUGACAUUACAAUAAAGUAUGUUUUGU